GAUGUUCGCUGAGCUGCGGCACAAAGAAAACCGCAGGCGCGUUUCCUCCUUCACUUCUGCUGCAUCUGUUUCCCAGCAGGUCAACGAAUGAUCAUCGAGAAGAAGCAGCCAUGAUUGGGAUUACAAAGAAAGGAAGCACCAUACCAAAGGCUGUCCUGCUGCUGCUAACUGUCUUGUCCAUUGUUUACGUUAUUACAUUUGGUGAGAUCACAACCAAUUCUUUUUCAAAACCUGAAUUCACUGAAAAGUCUCAGUUGAGGACAACAAAACCAAUCCUCACUACAACCCCUCCCAUGCAAAAAUGUGAAAAAAACCCGUCUGUUGCCGAUCUCCCGGGUUUCGACGUUCUCCCUGACAUCUACAAAACCUUUCUCCACUAUCGUCACUGUCGCCACUUCCCCAUGCUGCUGGACAAUCCUGACAAAUGCGGUGAAAUAAGCGGUGACACAGAGCCAUUUCUUUUGCUGGUCAUUAAAAGCUCGCCACAGAACUACGAACGCAGAGAAGUGCUGCGUAAAACUUGGGCGCAAGAGAGGAUGUACAAGGGAGCAUGGAUUCGAAGGGUCUUCAUUUCUGGAACUUCAGGUGCUGGUUUUGAGAAACAAAAACUCAACAAGUUGCUAAAAAUGGAAAAUGAAGAAAACAAGGAUAUUCUCCAGUGGGACUUUGCUGACUCGUUUUACAACUUGACGCUAAAGCAGACCCUCCUCCUGGAAUGGCUGGUAAAAAAAUGCCCAAAAGCUCGCUUUCUUUUUAACGGUGAUGAUGAUGUUUUUGCAAACACAGACAACAUGAUUGAGUAUCUACAAAGCAUCAAUAACAGUUAUGGACUGAAACACCUUUUUACUGGCCAUUUGCUCACAACUGAGAAGCCUGUUAGAUGGACUGGGAGCAAGUAUUAUGUCCCAGUCCUGAUACAAGAGUCCAAUAAGUAUGAACCUUACUGCGGAGGUGGGGGCUUCCUACUGUCCGCCUACACAGCAUCAGUGAUUUACAAAACAUCUCAGACAAUACCUCUUCAUCCAAUCGAUGAUGCUUACAUGGGAAUGUGUUUGUUCAAAGCAGGUCUUAAACCUUCUUCUCAUCUCGGGGUAAAAACUUUGGGAAUAAAUUUGCCCAUGAAUACACCAGAGAACAGUGGACCUUGCUACAUGAGAGACCUACUUCUUCUACACAGAUUUCUUCCUUAUCAGAUGUAUAUUAUGUGGAAAGAAGUAAAUGACCCAAACCUUAUCUGCUGAAGCUGGGUAAAGAGUACCAAACUCACAAAGUACUGUAUGUAAAAAGAUAACGGGCUUGGGGACUUCUCCUGUUUAGUUGAUGUUGGGUUGGAACAAAGCUUUCUUUGUACAAAGUUGUAUAAAGGGUGGACAAGGAACUAUUGAACAUUCUGUUACUUCCAAAGCGAAAGAGCUCUAAACAUCCACUGGAGAUAUUGGAAAACUUAAGUGAGAGCAUCAUUGAAUGGACUGCUGAGCCGCUGCUAUGACCAUCCCCAAGAACGUUGCAGUGCAAUGCUGGAGUGGACCAUCACUGGACAAUGAUGGAACCGUGGUCUGUAGAGUGCUACCUUGCUCUUCAUUGUGAGUCAGAUCGAUGCCUCUUCUAUUUGCACUGUGCAAACUGUGAAUUCUUCUUGAAGGAAAAUCAUAUGAACUGUUUGUCUCAGAAAAGUUGAUUGAAAUCUAAAUAGCUUAUGGUAACAGUUCAAACAAUGCUCUUCGUCAAACUUGAUGGGAGCUGCUUAUGAAAGGACCUAAAUGGUCUAAGUGUAAAAUGCAAGGACAGGAUUGAGGAGGAAAUUGACUAAUCUAGAUGAAGGAUUUGACUCUGACUCAAACAAAGUCUUUAUGAAGAACUGACAAGUAGAUUGCCAGACCGUUAAACCUAACAUCAUCAUCUCACCCCUUAAAUUAUAACAGAAUUAUGGAAACACCUUCCUGCAAAUGAGUGUCAGACUUUCACGAAAUAUUUUUUUAAGCCAGAAAUUAAAAUCUAUGUGUUUAAUUGUGAUAUCAUUGUUAUUAUCAGAUACCCCACUCAUUAUUUGGCUUUAAACAUCACUUAUUUAGCCGAAAUAUAAAAUGUUCUGAUUGUAUUUCCGUAAUUGUAAAAAUCUUUUACAUUGAGAGCUCAAUGUAUUGUUAGAAAUUGUCAUAUUAAAGACUUUAUUUACCUGACAUCAUUGUUGUUGUGGAUGUGCAAAGUCAGAAACAAAGAAAAAAAAAA